CUAUCGAUAACAAAUCAGCUGUUGCCCUGCUGCACACGUGCGCUGAAAUCUGUAUUGUUAUUUCGUUGGAGAGAAUUUCCGUACUAAAAAUGAGUGAUGACGAGGAGCACUACGAACCGAGGGCACACCAGAAGCUGCUCCAGGCCAUCGGCAGUCUGGGCAAGGUGCAGCACAUCCAGAAGUCCACCCGCGACGAGCGCCAGUCACGCCAGGAUGAGUUCCAGUUGAUGAAAAGCGUGUCAAUCGGCGGAAACGGAGCUGGCACCCAGUCGGUGGGUCUCAACGAUCUGGUGGACAUCCUGCGCACCUCCUCCAAGCACAGAGAGGCGGGCAAGAAGUUGAAGAACGUCCAGGGCACCAGGAAGGUGCUAGCAAAGCCGCUAGAGAAACCGGCAGCGGAUCGCAUCAGACGGACCAUUGGAUACGAGGGAGUGACCAAGAAGCUGGGUCGCUGGGAUGCCGUGGUGGCCCAACAGCGAUCGGCGGAGACUCAGGUCUUUCCCUUACAUUCUGACACGAUUUACGUGAACACCUCGGCUAGUGCCCGUCCUUUGAAUACGCGGACUAAAUCCAAUCUUGCCAAGGAACUCGAGGCCAGCAACCUUAAGCUUCGUGAGCUGCGCAAAGCGCAAAUUGGCGACACCACGGAUGAACAGGAACUGGCCAAGCAGGAGCGCCAACUCCUCCAAAAGAAGCUCACCCGAGAUGAGCUCUUCGCCCGUCGCAAAGAGCUGGCCUACCUGAAGAUGCGCGAGUCCCAGAAAUCGGCAAAGGCACGCAUGCAGAACAAAAUCAAGUCCAAGAAGUUCCACAAGCUGCAGAAGCGCCAAAAGAUCCUGGAGCAGAUGAAGGAGUUCGAGUUGCUGCAGAAGACGAAUCCGGAGGCGGCGCUGGAAAAACUCAAUGCCCUGGAAAAGAGUCGGGUGCAGGAGCGCGCCAGUCUGCGGCACAAGAACACUGGAACCUGGGCCAAGAAUCUGCAGGUACGCGCCAAAUACGACAAGGAUGUGCGAAAGGAUCUGGCUGAGCAACUGGCCGUUAGUAGGGAAUUGACCCAGAAAAAGCAGGAAUCCGACAGCGAAGAGGAGGAAUCCAGCAGGAAGAGAGUGGCUCCUGAGGAGGAGGACAACGAUUACGAUCCCUUCAAUCCUUGGACAAAGCGAAAAACUGUCGAGACAGCUGAAAACGGCAAUGGCGAGGGUGAGGAUUCCAAUUGGCGGCAGUACUGGACGAAACGGAAUAGAAAUGAGAAGCUAUUAGAGGAACAUCGUAGAGACAUGGCAGAGGCGGAACAAGAACAGGACACUAAAGAGCAGGAAGAGAAAGAACAGGACACUGAGGACCAAGAAGAGCAGGAAGAAGCUCCGAAAAAACCACCAGCCAAAGUUAAGACUGCCAAGAAAAUCACUAAGAAAUCAAAUGAUAAAUCAGAAAAUGCCAAGAAAAUAGUUAAGAAAUCAAAGGUUAAAAUGGAAAAUGGUUGGCAGGUCGAAGAGGUUGAACCCAGAAAACUCAAAGGAAAAUCGAAUGCGAGUUCAAUAGAAGAUAUUUUCGAAAAACACGAGGACCAACUGCGAGCCAAGCUAAGCAAGAAGCUGGAUAAGCUAAAGCAACGGGUAGAUAAACUUAAAGAAGCCCCUGUCAAGGGAAAGAAGUCUAAAAAGAAGGACGCCUUGAAGAACCUCAAAAGUCUAGCCUUGAAAAAAACAAAACAACAGAUCGAGAUUGACGAGCCCUUAAAUUACGGGGAAGAAAAGGAGCCGCAAAAGAAAGUGCCAGACCAAUUGGAGAGCAAUCCAGAAACUACAAAGAACCCUACCGUGGACACCAUCGAUCCCAACAAGGUGACAACACUAGUGUUUAGCCAAAAGAAGACGAGCUCCAGUGGCAUUAAUGAUGCUCUGAUGGACGACGAGGCGGCCGAAUACGAUGAAGCAGAUGCGGCAGCCGAACGCCAGUUGACCAUUAGUCAGGCCUUCGAGGACGAUGACAUUAUUGCCGAUUUCAAUCGGGACAAAACCAAGGACUCGGAGCUGAAGAACACAGAGCUGCAGCUGGCUCUGCCAGGAUGGGGCUCCUGGGCGGGCGCCGGCAUUUCCCAGGCGGUGAUGGAGCGGCGCAACAAGCGGCUCCUGCUCAGGCUGGCCGCCCCGGAAAAGCGACGCGACGACAACAAGGACAACCUCUACCUGAACGAGUCGGCCAGCAAGAUGGCACGCGAGCACAUGGUCUCCAGCAUCCCAUUUCCUUUCCGAUCCCUGGCCGACUACGAGGCCAGCAUUCGUGCCCCGAUUGGCCGCAACUUUGUGCCGGAGACGGCCUUCAGGAUGCUGACUCGUCCCGCGGUCAUCACACGCAAGGGCCACGUCAUCGAGCCCAUGACGGAGAGCGAGCUGGUCAAGCCGGUACGGCGGCUGCGUCACAUUGUGGACAGCAGGAUAAGGCGCAUCCCGAAAGUACCAUCCAAGGCGAAGAUAGCUUAGAACUAGAAAUAGACAUACAAAUAAAUUGGAUUCAAAUUGAAACAAACGCAA